AUGGUCUGGCGGGCCAGGGGUGUUACACAUCUCAUCACAUCAAUGUCUUCAUCUCAAUGUUCUCCCGUCGUUCCUCAAGAACUCAUGGUAGAAAUUUUAUCAAGGGUUCCAGUGAAGGAUCUCAUGCGACUCAGGUGCAUAUCAAAAUGGUUGAACACCCUCGUCUUCGAUCCGACAUUCGUUAAACUGCACCUUCAAAAGUCUUCCAAAAACACAUACAUCUUGUUAACCUUCAGAGACUACGAGAACGAUGAAAGCAGGUACUGUGCAGCACCAUGUUCCUUGCAAAAUUUACUUCACAAUCCAUCCUCCACUGUUGACGUUUGUCACCGAUUCAACCACGAUUACACAAUCUUGGGUGUCUGCAACGACUUGGUUUGCUUGCAAGAUUCUUACCGUGGAGAUGAAUUUGAAGAAUAUUGGGUCCGGUUUUGGAAUCCAUCCACAAGGCUCAUGGGCGAAGAUUCUCCACACAUACGUAUUCGUUCUGGUGAUCACAACUACCCUUAUUUGUUUAUGUUUGGGUUUGGCUACGAUGAUUGGAGUGACAGAUACCAAGUUGUUUUUUUUGGAUAA